AUGAAAAGAAGAAAAGGGAAGAGCACACGAGUUGGAAACGUCGGCGUAAGAAAGGGAAAGGGAGACGGUGACCAGGUGCCACACUGAUCGACGCGCGAACACCGGCUGGCUGGCCUUUCAGAGCAAGACCUCGCUGGCGGAGACGAACACGUAUGCACAGCCUCGUCCAUAUGGGCCGUCGGGUCGUAUUGGUUGCCGCCGACCGAUUCGAGGUCACGCUUACAGUGGGGAAGCGGCCUGGUUGAUGUAUUGCCGAGGCGUUAUGAAAUCAAUCCGACCGGCGAUUUUUUGUCCACCAGUUCCUGUGCCAGAUCUCUGA